AAAUCCCUUACAAACGAAGUGCUGCGAAAAUGCCUGGCCUAACCAUCGGAGACACACUCCCAAACGUUGAAGCUGAGAGCACCCAUGGAAAGAUCAAGCUUCACGACUACAUCGGUGAUAGCUGGGCCAUUAUUUUCUCUCACCCGGGCGAUUUUACGCCGGUGUGCACGACUGAGCUCGGGAAGAUGGCCGAAUACGCUAUGCAAUUUCAAGAGAGAGGGGUGAAGCUUGUGGGUUUGUCCUGCGAUGACGUCCAGUCACACCUUGAGUAUAUCAAGGACAUCGAAGCCUUCAGCACCUGCGGGCGGAAAGUGGAGUUUCCGAUUCUGGCAGAUCCGACCCGAGAGAUCAUCAAGCAACUUAACAUGGUGGACCCUGACAUGAAGGACUCAUCAGGAAACCCGGUUCCGUCUCGUGCCCUUCAUAUUGUGGGCCCUGACAAGAGGGUGAAGUUGAGCUUUCUGUACCCCGCGACCACAGGGCGGAACAUGGACGAGGUGCUGAGGGGGCUGGAGUCGAUGCAGAUGGCGAGCAAGAAGAAGAUCGCAACCCCGGCGAACUGGAAGCCAGGCGAGCCGGUGGUCAUAUCUCCUUCUGUGUCUCAGGAGGAGGCUAAAAAAAUGUUCCCUCAGGGCUACAAGACCAUGGACCUGCCAUCCAAGAAGGAGUACCUGCGUUUUACUACUGUUUGAUUUUAAUUAUGAACCCUAAUCUAAAAAGUCUCAACAAGUAAUAUAUGUAUGUGUCUUUUGUGUUUUGUGGCUAGUAGUAGCGUCUAAAUAUGUAGUGCCUAUGUGUGCCAAAUCUAUGUGAUAUAUAUAGGCUUUUUAUCA